AAAGAAUACCGGACCUAUCCUGGAUAUAAAGGACAUUAAGAUCAUGUUACCUUCAUACCGGAAAACCAACCGUUCUGCGUCUGGGUGGUAGGAUUUGAGCAUUACAUUAGAAAUUUGAAAGCUGAGUUCGUGUCUUCUGUGCAUAGGGAUGAAGCCAACAUUAGGAAUGGAAGAGGGAAAGACUGCCUACAUCGUGAAUCAGCCAACGAAAGAGGAGGCCAUAUCCAAGACGAAAACACGACCAGUUGUUGUAAUUGCAAUUGUAUUGGUCUCCUUGGUGAUCGCUUCUGUCGUGAUCUUCGUCGCGGUUUACUUCGGAAUCCACAUGACGAAGAAUUCAUAUCAGGAGGCCUGGAAAACUCUGCGAGAUCGAGAGGGUCGUAUGCUAGAGGAAAAGGUCACAAAAACAAAGGACUGUGUUGAGAUCGAUGUGCCCAACAGUUUACAGAGCGUGUAUGAUUACAGACGCGGGAUAGUCGUGGAGCGCUACACUGACCUGAACACAAAACUGCGGACACCUUGCUACGUCCGCUACAUCAACACGACCACUGACCCCGGUCCAAACAUCACCAUGGACGACACCGAUGAAAUUGUCGACAAUCCCGAAGAACGAUCCACGCAACAGUGGUUGUUCACACAAAGGGUGGUACCAUGGGAUCUGGUUUCUUCACCAAGGGUGCAAGAAUUGUGCAGAGGCACCAGCAUCUUUUGGAUGGACGCUGUCAAACAGUCAACUGUACAGAAGCGUCAAACAUUCUUCUCGUCUUUGUGCUACACGUCAGCUACCUGCCUUUUUCUCAAACGGCAUCUUGUGUGGCAACAACUACAAAUAUUGCUAUACAACGUACGACAUCCCCAACUCGUUCGGCAAUUUCACGCUGGUCGAAACAAGUUCUUGGUGUCGGUAAUACCGUUUGUGAUUGAGUUCCAGUGCUUCUUUGGAAACUAAAUGAGCCGUUAUAUCUAGAUGCCUGACUUUCUUACUGUGUAUAUCUGAUGUUUCGAAGUUACUCUCACGAUUUGUAUGCACGUAGAGCCAGUUGCUCAAUAACAAAAUAAUUACGCAAGUGAAUUGAAAUGUAAAUAACUUUAACAUAAUGAGUAACUAUAUAAAAACCUAAACAAAUAUCCAAAAUGACAGUGAUCAAAGUUAAACAUAUAUUUAUGUAUUUAAGUAAGUUAUUUUUACUUGUAAGCCCGUGUUCAAUUUUUUAUUCAAAAUAUUGCUAAAUUAAUGUGCAGUAAAUAUAUAAUGAAAACUGUGUGUUUUUACAAUAUUUAUUAUAAUAAUAAUAAUAAUAAUAAUAAUAAUAACGUUAUUUCAUAUCCGCCACGUACUGAAAAGUUCACAUCGCUUUGUAUUUGCUUCGCAUUGAUAAACUUAUUUUUAUCUUGUUUUUCUCCUAUUUUGCUUUGUUCAUAUGUUUCAUAUAUAAUCGAGCUACAACUAUAAAAAAAAAUAUUGAAAUAUUUAUUAAAGUAACUUCAUUGGACUCAAGAAACAUAAAAGAUUAAACACCUACGUCAUGCAAAAAUGGGUCGUAUGUCAUAUGCGGCCAUCGUUGCUUCAGAGUAGCUUGCGCGUCCGCGCAGUGUUGUAUGGAGCUACCUUGUCCACUGAUGAGGCCAAAAACACUUGGAAAACUUCGUGGCGGACAUGGUAGCUCCUCACAAGACUGCGCGUUGCACGGGCUGUUCUGGAGCUACUCCGGUCGUAUGUGGUAUAAUCACAGUUUCCUUUGACGCGGGUCAUGUAUGUCAGCACAUUAACAAUCAGUGCUACCAGCUUUUGAUAAUAUGGUCAAUAUAUAUCACAUUUUAAAGAAGGCAUAAUUUAUGUUUUAAGACUGUAAAAGCUGAAUUUAUAUCUAUUGUUGACUUUUUUAUUUUUACGAAAAUAAUUUUUGAAAUAUUUCGCAUUCCACAAAGUAUUUAUGCAUGCCUGUUGGUAAAAUAAAUGAUAUACAAUAAAUACUUUUUAAUGAAAA